CGUGAACAUCAACGGAGUCAGUUGCGACGUGAGAGCAGGUGGUGUACGUUUGUGGGUGAUGGCAUGUGUUGACAGUGUUUUGUGCUGGAUCCACUUACUGAAAUACAAAAGCACGGUUUUUAAUUGACCAGAAUGUCUGCUGCCACGAGAAAUAGAAAUGCCAGACGUCGCCGAAAUCAGAAGAAGGAUGAUCCUGAUCUGCAGAAGUUGAAAUGUCAACUGUGUCCGUACAACAGCAUCGACGAAGCAGACUUUGAGUCUCACAAACGUACCUUUCAACACAAGUUCAACUAUUGUCAGUUCCAGUUCCAGAAACAUAGGAAUAGGCUGGUAAAAGAUCGUCAUGGUGCUCAAAUUGAUUGUAAGAUAUCAUCCAUAAAAUACAAGAGUGAUGAAACUGGUACGGCAAGAAGUAAUCCAUCUCUAAAAUAUGACCAGAGUGAUGGCACAUUAAAAACAUUGGUGAGUACAGAUGUGUCUCACAUUGCGUUCGAUUUUAUUGUCAAAAAUACUUGGAAAGAAGUGAUAUGUGUCAGAGAAGCAUAUUUAUUGCAUCCUUAUGAAAUCUUCAACACAAAAGAUGAAAAGGGUCUCGUCGAAGGCCAGGUUGUUCUCCGUAUUCAUCCAGAUAGCUCUUACAUUGUCAGUGUUAUUUUUGAAAAUAAGGGUGUUGGAUCGUACGGAGUACCUGUGCAGUUUGAAAUAGAAUCCAGUAAAGGGGCUGUAAAAGAUGUGAAGGAGCAUUCUCAGGCGCUCAAGAAAUUUAAUGUAGUCCGUGUUCUGGUGAUUAAUGUUCAGGAUGAAGACAACGUGCCUCCAGAUGUUGUACCUCACGAACCAAGCCCAUUCCGGCGAUUGGAGUGGGAUGAUGUGGAGACCACAGUGGAGGGGACUUGGCCUAAUGGGGGACCAAUCAAGCGUAUGACAGAAUAUACGCUCCCAUAUGAUCACUACCUAAUGUUUUAUUUUUGGCCAGGUCCUUGGGAGAACAUGACAAGUGAACAGUGUGACACACUCUACAGAUUUACGACUUCAAUAUAUGAUGGAUAUGCGAAUCUACGAAAGAACUAUGUACAUUUCAUGCACGAUCUCGUAUAUUUAGAAGAGUAUGAUGGAAUGGUGGGUAUUCAAGUCUAUAACAUGUGUGGUGUGUGCCUGGAACACGUUACACACAGUGGCUCAUCACAGUUCAAGCUUGAGGUCCCUGGGCUUGCGGAGAAGCGACCUUCAUUGUUGAAAGGAGACCUGGCAUAUGUCAGGAUACAGCUGAGUGAGAAGAACAAUGAUGUUAUCGAGUAUGAAUCAGUCAUUGCAGAAGUUCGGGAAUCUGCUGUACUCCUUGCAGGUUUUGCAAAUGAGUUUCUGGAACGAUACUUCGCAUCACAGCCCACAGAAUUGCGGUUUGCUGUUCGCUUUGCCUUCAACCGAUAUCCUCUCGUGGUAAUGCAUCGUGCUAUUGAUUACUGUGAGAGAGAUAAGUUACUAGAUGUUGUUGUGUUUCCACGUGCUCCUAAGAAGAGAUUGCAAACUUUCCUUAAUGGCAGGCUCAAUUCAAUCAGUUUCUACAACAGACAACUGGUGAACAAUCCGGCACAAAAACAGGCUGUGGUAAGCAUUCUACAAGGAUCAUCACGGCCUGCUCCGUACAUCAUCUAUGGACCUCCAGGGACAGGAAAAACAGCAACAUUAGUAGAAGCUAUUCUACAGGUGAAGAAAAUGAUGCCAGGCUCCUAUUGCCUGGUGGCAGCACCGUCCAAUGCUGCAUGUGAUAAUGUAGCUCAGCGACUGGCUCCACACUGUUCCACUAAGGAACUCCUGCGCCUGCAUUCUUCUACACGAGACUGGGAUACAGUUCCUGCAGAUAUUUACGAUUACAGUAAUAGAUCUGAAGGAAUGUAUUACUUUCCCAGCCGCGAAGAAUUAUGCAAAUAUCGCAUUGUGGUCAUCACUCUUGUCUUCUGUGGCAGAUUGGUGGAGCGAUGUUCUGCCGACGAUGGACAUCGACAUUUUACACAUGUUUUCAUUGAUGAAUGUGGACAAGCAAAGGAGCCAGAGACAUUAGUGGCACUCGGCGGCAUUGUGGGACCCACAUCGAACUCGCGGCUGGGAGGCCAGGUGGUGCUAGCAGGCGACCCGCAGCAGCUGGGCCCCGUCUGCACUUCUCGCAGAGCUGAGUGCCUCUACCCUACCGUCGCAUCGGAGGAUGACGACGGCACGGAGGAUUCUCUUGACAAGCACAUAGGAUUGGGAAUCUCGAUGUUGGAGAGGCUAAUGAAGACAUGUGAGCUAUAUCAGGAACCUUAUGACCCUCUUUACAUCACACAGUUGGUUUACAAUUACAGGUCACAUCCAGAUAUUCUUCAACUUCCUAAUGUGUUGUUUUAUGGUGGUAACCUGCAGGAAAGGUGUCCAGACAGUGUUCGUAAUGACCCAGUGUUAUCUUUCGCUUUAAAUGGUAGUGAAAGCGGGGGUUGUGCUGUGGUAUUUCAUGGAAUCAUUGGACAUGAACAACGAGAAGGACAGUCUCCCAGUCAUUUCAAUCGAUAUGAAGUUACCCAAGUACUAAACUAUGUUGACAGAUUGACAGGGCCAAAAGCAAAUGUUAAACUGAAGCAGACUGACAUUGGAAUUAUAGCCCCUUACAUCAGACAGGCAUACAAGAUAAAAGCAGAACUGAGAAAAAGGCAACUUCUAGACAUUGAAGUUGGCACAACAGAAAUAUUCCAGGGACGUGAGAAACGUGCAAUCAUCAUAUCCACUGUCCGUUCAAAUCGCAAUCUGUUGGACUAUGAUCAGAAGUACCAGUUAGGCUUCCUUGUGAAUCCAAAGAGGUUGAAUGUUGCUAUUACAAGAGCACAGUCUCUUCUUAUUAUAAUUGGAAACCCAAUACUACUGGCAAAAGACUAUCGAUGGCGACACGUUGUGGAGUACACGCGUGAAUUAGGCACUUACUAUGGAUGUCCGUACCAGCCACGUGAUGGUGACUGGAUCAGCACUGUUACACAGCGAAUAGAAAGACUAAAUAUGCUCUCCUGAAAUGCAUUGUCUUCAAACAUUUUUAUUGCAACUACAUGAGGAAGAUACAUGGUUGUAUAUAUUUUUGUACAUAAAAUGAACCUUUCUUAGGAUUUUUAUGGAGUGCGAAGAGUAUUUUUCAUGUAUACACAAUGCAAAAUAAGGCUAGUCCUUGUGAAAGUCUAUUGCUGUUCACUCUUGUAUAUGACCUUUUCUGCUGUGUGUAUUUUGACUGUUAAGAAGUUGAUAGUGUACAUGAAUUUUUGGGUGUUUUAUGCAGAAUUUAUGCAAAUUUCAGUGUAUUCCAGUGUAAGGAUGAAGCAGUAUGUGCACAAUUAAUAACACUGUUGUUUUAGCUGUUCAAGUCUGUAUGGUGGAAAAAUCAUCAAAACCAGUCUCUCUUGUGCAUUUCCAUUCUCACUGGCCCCCUCAUUUAAUACUCCAUGACAUACCAUCCCAGCAUAAUUUCAUUGUGUAAAAUUCUCUGAGCCCUCUUGUAUGUACCUUAUGUGUGAAUAUACACAAUCUGAUUGCAUUAUUAGAAGCAUGUAUGUACUUCAAUAUUUGUUUACUUUCAUGUUUUUAUUUUUAUUUAUGAAACAUGCAGCAAUGUGCCAUACUCUGAAUAAUAGCUGGAAACAUAGUGUUAUUUGAUACUAUUAAUUUUAGUUUUGAAAACUCUAAAAACUGGAAGGAUAUGGUUUCAUGUAAUGAGUAAAAACUUCAACAAAAUGAAGAACAUAAUAAAUUCCUAUUUCUGUUGAGAUUACAAGCCUUGGCAACGUUGGAUUUUCAAAUUUGUUUAAUUCUGACAGUAUUUGGGAACUGGUCAGUACAUUGAAGACUGCAUGCAUUAGACUGUAAUUGGUUGAUUAUGUUUAUUCUACUUGAUGUUGCCAUGAGUAACUGAUCAGACUCAAGUGUAGUGUCUUUGUGAUAACAUGAUACCAAAGUCAUUUAGAAAUUGUUGAAUGGAGUGUAUAUCAUGUUUGUGUGAAUAGUGUAAAGGAAAAUGACCUGAAGCCACUUUGUUUUUGAACUUAAAUGAGGUCUGAAGAAUUUGUAAAUGUGUAUUAUUGUGGUCUGAGUUGCUAAUGAUAUUUAUGUUGGCUCCUGUUUUGGUAAACAAUAUCUGCUGUACAGGCAAAUUGUAAGCAUUUAUAAAUAUUUUUCAGGAGUCAAAAUUGAAAGUA